AUGAAAAUGAAAUGAGUGCCUGUCUUGGCUCUAACUCUCAUCACUAUCUCUUGCAAAGUUGCAAUUGCCAUUGACACAUGCGAUGCAGCGUUUAAAGAGCAAAACAUAGAGUGGUAUGAUUUAUUUCCACGCCCGAGAAGUAUUCUGAGAUCUGGCACACGAUGCAGGUACCUCUGGGAGCCGGAACGGCUUACCAGCCAGUGAGCAAUGAGGAAUACGACUUGGGAUCGCCAGUCCCGCUGAAUCACAAGCAGCCUGUGCGGCGACGUGCAUUAUGGACCUUUCUAGGUGCACUGGCCGGCUGCCUGGUGAUCUGCUUGAUUGUUGCCGGCUUCGGCCAGCGCUUCGGCCGCUCGGCAAUGUCCGAUUCGGACUGCCCGUGUCGACCCUCGGACGUCCCGCAGUACUUCCAGACGUCGCCACAGCUCUGGGCCGGUCCCACGACCACGGGGAAGGCGCCGUUCUUGGCCCAGACAGUCACGUUCGACCCGGCGGCCACCUACGUUCCCAACGAGCCGCUGCGCAUGGCGAUGCCGAUAGAGGGCAUGGGUUCCCAGGACGAGAGUAUCUUCAAGUUGAUGGGCUACCUGUCCCCGUACUCGCCGGCCUCUGGUUUCGGAGUGGACGAGUACCCGUUACCUUCUGGUGCUGAGAUUAUCCAGGUCCAAAUGCUGUCCCGACAUGGGGCUCGCUAUCCCACGGGCGGAUCCAACGUGUACGAUUUCGGCAAGAAGAUUGCAGAAUCUGCCGGGAAGUUCAAGGCCGAAGGCCCGUUGGCUUUUCUCAACGACUGGAAGUACCAACUAGGUGCCGAGAUACUCGUUCCAAAGGGCAGGCAAGAGCUGUAUGACUCUGGCGUUCUGCAUUCAUACAUGUACUCCCAGCUAUACAACCCAAACAGCAAGAUUAUAGUGCGCACGACGACCCAAGAUCGCAUGCUAAAGUCGGCCGAGAAUUUUGUCGCUGGCUUCUUUGGCCUCUCAUGGACGAACAACGCCACUAUCGAGGUCAUCAUAGAGGAGAAGAGCUUCAACAACUCUCUAGCCGGCGAAUUGAAUUGCCCCAAUUCUUCCAAAUUCAGGCUUGGUUCUGCUGCCUCGGGCGUAUGGAUCGACAUCUACCUCCAAAACGCUACUGCACGGCUUUCAAAACUCGUUGAUGGGUUCGAUUGGAAACUCCAGGACACCUACGCGGCUCAAAUGAUGUGCCCUUACGAGACGGUUGCCUACGGCUUCAGUCGUUUCUGCGAUCUAUUCACGUAUGAAGAAUGGGUUGGGUUCGAAUACUCCAUUGACCUCAAUUUCGCCGGAAAUGAUGGCUUCCAGUCCCCCUUUGGGCGCGCCGUGGGCAUCGGCUACCAGCAAGAAGUAAUGGCCCGGCUCAAGAACCACACGCUGGGCUACUCAGGCUCCCAGAUCAAUGUCACCCUCGACAACAACACCGAGACCUUCCCGCUCAACCAGAGCCUCUACCUCGACUUCUCGCACGACACAAACAUGAUCGGAGUGCUAACCGCCUUCGGUCUGAAGCAGUUCUCCCAGCUGCUCCCCAACUCCACCCAUCCUGGCCCGCACAACUUCACCGUGUCCCAGAUGACCCCCUUCGGCGCGCGCCUAGACAUCGAGAUCAUCCGCACGCCGCGGCCCCUCGCCGCCGACAGGUCGGGGUACCUGCCGGUGGGCGGGGAGACGCGGUACGUGCACUUCGUCCUGAACCAGCGGACCGUGCCGCUGGGCUGGAGCAUCCCGGACUGCGACGCCAGCCGCCUCGACGGGUGGUGCGAGUUCGGUACCUUCGUCCGCGCCCAGGAGAAGAUGCCGGCCGUGGCAAGGUACGACCACGCCUGUCACGGCGACUACGAGAUGCCGUCUUACGGGGAGGUCAUGGACGGCGCUCCGCCGUAGGUGUAUUACCAGGAAUUUUGGGCCAUAUUAUAAUAUAAAUUACGUUAGAUCUUCAUAUGUUAUGUAUUCGUAGUCUUGGCCAAGUCUCGGUAGCCCAAAUGGAAAUCAAGGCCACACACUGGCCGAUACCCAACCAUGACGCGACAGCAGAAGGAGAGAAGCGGCUCACAAAUGCGCCUUAGCAGCCCUCUCCAGCUCCCCGCUCAGCGCCCCCAAGUCUUUGCUAACCGACUCCCUACUGCCGAGGGUCAUCACCGCCGCCCUCUGCGCCACAUCCACCAGCCUCUCAACCCUCCCCCCCUUAGCAAGCCCCGCGACCAGCGCUCCCAGAAACGUAUCCCCCACACCAUUAACACUCACCGCAUCACCACCACCCACCACCGGCGCCGCGAACAGCCGCAUAUACACGCCGCCCACGCACGGGUGGCCCGCCCU